GUAGAAUGUAAGAUCCUUCCAUUCUAAAGAUUAAUUCUAAAGAUUAUAAGAUAUUAGCCCGUAUCGGAGAAGGUUCAUUUGGUAAAGUCUAUAAAGCUUAACAAUUUCAAAAUAAUCAAACAGUUGCUAUAAAAGUUUAAAAUAGAAUCACGGAAUCGGAGAAAUAAUUAGUUAAUGUAUUUCUGAAAAAUAAAUUUAAAAAUCUUGUGAAUAUUUUCGAUUAUGAAGAAUAGUACGAAUAGUAAACUUAAAAGAUUCGUAUAAUUAUAGUGAUGGAGUAUUGUCGUGUUUCACUUUAUGAUUAUAUACUAAAAAAUCCUCUCAAACCAAAAGAUGCUAGAUAUGUUAUGAAAGAAAUAAUAAAUGGCAUAGAAGAACUUCAUAAAUUAGGUUUAGCUCAUAGAGACAUCAAACCAGAAAACAUACUUAUUUUUGAAUUAGAAGAUCAAGGUAGAAUUCAAGAAAUAUAUAAAAUUUGUGAUUUUGGAACGACCAAAGAGUUUGAUAAAUUGGUAACUAAACAAGUUGGAACUCCUUAUUACUUAGCUCCAGAAUAAAUCUAAAAUAAUUAAUAGGAAUUGUAUUCAGAAAGUAUCGAUAUUUGGGCAUUUGGAUCUGUCAUGUAUGAAUUAUUUACAAGAACUCCACUUUUUAAUGGUAUUUUUUUAUUUUAUUUUUUAAGGUAAUACUGCCAUUGAAAUUUAUGAUAAAAUUAUGAAUCUCAAUAUAAAUGAAAAAAUAGAUAGUUUAAUUGAUCUUGAUUUUAAAUACAAAUAAUUGCUUAAGUAAAUGCUAAAUAGAAAUCCCCAAUAUAGAAUUAAGAUCUAAGAAAUAAAGAAUUUAGUUAACGAAGUAAAAUCUAUUAGUGUUGAUAAAAAACCAAAAGUCAAUAUUGACAAUACCUUUUUCAAAGAGUAAAAGUUGAAAUUGAAACCUCCAACUUAAGUUAAUUAGUCAUUCAACAACGGCCAUAAUUUGUAAAAUCCUUAGUUUUUUCCUUAAAAUCUAAAUAAAUAAAAUAAUAUUUAAAACUAACGUACUUUUAUAAAUAGCUAAAAUUAAUAACCUAGGAAACCGAUUUGUGUUUAUCAGAACGUAUGUUAAAUUCCUUAAUUUUAAAAUUAAUAAAGAAACUUUUUACAUUUUUCUCAUUAAAAACGUUCUUCUGCACCAGAGAUGGCAAAUUAUUAAUAAUGA